UAUUUCACAAAAAGUUUUAACUCAUAAAAACAAAUUUAAAAAACAAAAUUAACAUAAAAUUUAAUUCAAAAUAAAUCAAGUGCUAAUUCUUACUAAGAGCUUCCUUUUUUGAAAAAAAAAUCCCCUAAACUUUAGAAACUUUUAAUAAAAUUUUUUCCUCUUUUAGCGUAAAAAAGUUUUCGGUUCUUUUAUUUUUGCGUUAAAAAGUCUAAAUUUUUGUUUCCCCCCUCUUCAUUUUUUCCCCUUAUUUUGAAGUAAAAUUUUCUUAAACUCAAAAAUGUCUACUGGUCGUCGUUUAGCUAAACGCUCUAUAAUCGGCACUAAAGUUUGUGCUCCCGGUCCCGAUGGUCUUUGGUAUUCGGGUGUUAUACAAGAUGUUAAAACACCACCCUCGGCUACCGUAACUAGUGCAUCGACUAGUUCAUCUAGCUCACCAACUCCAGAAACCAAAUACAUUGUACGUUUCGAUUUUAAGACCCAAGACAGUGCCAUGGAAUCACGUCGUGCGGUUAGUGUUCACAUAAGUCCGGCACAAUCGUUGCGUCGUAAUGCAAUGAUUAAAGAAUUUCUUGAAUCGGAUUUAAUCGGUCCCGGUUUUCGUUCGAUAAUGGGUGUUAAACUGCAGUCGGGUCAGCGUGUCUAUUUGACUUAUAAUGGUCGUGAGACUUCGGGAGAUGUGAUCACACAUGAUCACGAAAAGGAUGAGGUUCUGGUGAAGAUCACAACAAUUGGAAGUGAGGAACCCAUUGAAUUGAAAAAACGUUUAGAAGAAGUGCGUCUGCUAGAAUCGCGACGCUCAGCACGUUUAGCCGAUCAGGAUCGAGAUACAGAUUUUGCACGUUUAGCCGAUAUGGGUGGAGACAGGCGUAAACCAUCACACAGUAUUGAGGUGCCAUUAUCAACAACGCCACAACACAAUUCACGUAAACGUCCGCCAUCAUAUGCACAUGACAGCAUAAAUGGCGACAACUACGAUGAGGAAGAAAUGAAUGAAAAUAAUGCUGCCAUGAUUUUGGUCACACUCUCAUUAUCUCCAAAGUCACCGAAAAAUGGAGAUAAAUGGCUGGGUUCUAGUCCCGGCAGUUCAUCCGCCUCCUGGAGUUCAGGUUCAUCGUCGCCGCCUUUAAGCGAUGAUGGCCACAAUAUGGGUGUCAUAACAAAUAAUGAUUCAGCCAGUGCCCGUAUACGCACCACAUCAGUGUCAACCUCCGAUGAAGGUAUCGUUGUUGACUUUAAAGAAGAUGCACCACGUAAAAAGAGGCCCAAUAAAUCAAAAUUUGUUUGUACCUGGAAAGGCUGCACGACUAGUGAACAUACAAAAGCCAAAAUUGAACGUCACAUACGUAUUGUACAUCUUGGUUAUAGUAAAAAAUUACGUCGUACGGCUGAUCAUCACUUGGAUAGUGACAGUCAUGACAGUGAUAGCCAUGAGGAGGAGUUCUACUACACAGAAGUCGAAGAUGAUGACGAUGACUGCAAAACUCCUAGUCCAACAUCACCACCUACACUUAGCCACCGCGAUAUGGCACGUCCGCCACAUGAAGAUCCAGAAUACCAAAGACAAUUAGUUGGGAAUUUUAAACAAGGGCGUGCCGUAGCCCAAUUGCAAAACGGUAAAAACAAACAACAUCACAGUAGCAGCAGCAGCAGUAACAAUCAUCAAACACACACUAUUUAUGUGGGCAGCAAUCAACAGCAGUUGCAACAAUUGCAGAAUAAUAAUACCAGCUGUAUACCAACAUCGCCAUUAGCCCAUCAUAAUUACACUUGGCCGCCAGCGAAGGCCAGCACAGUGAUUACCACAUCCAUUACAAACACCUCAAAUAUUAACAGUAAUAACAAUCACCAGCAUCAACAGCAUCAUGCUGCUGCGGUUACAAGUAAUUAUCAUAGCAAUAAUCAACAACAGCAGCUGCAAUCACAGCCAACGUCAACAACCACAACAUUCAUAAAACAUGCUCGGGCCUCACCACGUCCGUCCCAAUCAACAGCGCCAUAUCCAUCACCAACAUACGUCCAUCAACAUCACAAUUACAGUAGUCCGGCACCAAAUAGUCCCCCUAAUAAUACAGUAACAGCAGCAGGAGCUGCAGCAACAAUCCUACAUCAUAAUAACAGCAGUGCCAAUAGUGUGCUACAGCAAUUGUCGCAACAAAAUGUAACGGUGACAACUACAAAUCAUCAUCAUCACCAGCAUCAUCAAACACAACAGCAGCUGCAACAGUUGGCCACUGUAACCAUAACACCAAAUUAUACACAUUCAAGAAAUGUCCAACAACAGGAUAAUACGGUACAUCAACAACUCCAGCAGCAGCAACAUCGUUUACAUCAAUCGCCAACAACAGCCACUGCCAGCCAUAGAAUGGUUGCCCCAAAUACAAAUCAAUCUAAUUCUAAUACUAGCUCAGUAUCUGCUCUAGCGUCGGCGUCAGCUAUAUCCGGUCCCACAACAGCAGCAGCAACAACAACAACAAAUGCGGGACAUGUUCAUCAACAACAUGUUGCUGUGCAACAUGCCAAUAAACAAACUCCCAACUCACCGAAUCGUCGCACAAGAGGCGAAAAUAAAAAGUGUCGCAAAGUGUACGGCAUGGAUCGUCGCGAAAUGUGGUGCACUCAAUGCAGGUGGAAAAAGGCCUGUAGUCGUUUUGGUGACUGAAAAA